UUUUAAGAUUUGGAGUGGUUUGUUCGUUCGUAACAACCCAACAUAUGCGAGAUGGUGGAAAUGAUUUAGUUACAAAUGUAAGAACUGGAUUACAAGAUGUUGAUACUUAUUUAAAUACGACGGGAAAAGAAGUGCAAAUUUUGUUAAAUAAGAAUUAUGGAGAGUUUAAAGAUGAUUUAUUUGAAAUUUUAGAUAAAAGUAGUUCAAUCGUUUAUGACCAACUUGCGAAAUAUUCAAAUGCCGUCGCGAUGACUCAAGUUUCUUCGAUUGUUGAGGGUUUAAAGGACAUCCAAAGUAAUUUAACUGAAAUGAAAACGAUCACGUUUUUCUUAAGGAAUCAUGCGUCACAAUUAAGCGAUGCGUUACGAAAAGUUAAACGGGACUUAAUCCACGCUUUAACCCAAUGUUAUCAAAGUAACGAAUGCUCCAAUUUAUCAGAAAACAUUAACAAAUUAGAAAUGGACGUGGAUUUUAAUAGUUUACCAGACGUAACGGAAGGAAUGCAAGAUUUAAACAGCAUCUUGCAAGGAAAUAUCGUCGAAAGUAUUGAAGAUGGAAAAUCGCAUUUAGAACAAAUAGAAAAAGAGAUAAGUAAAAAAGUUGAUAAAAGCUUACAAGACGUAAAAAACACCGUAACUCAAGCGGGGGCUCAAAUAACAAAUAGCGUAUCAAAUAUGACUUCCAUGUUAAACGAAAUUUCAGAUUCAAUCCAUAAAAAUACGAAUGGUCCAUUAACCCAAGCUGAUAAAUACAUUCGAGAUUAUCUCCCAUAUGGUUAUUAUGUCGGAAUUGGAAUAAGUUGUGUUCUUUUAGUUGUCGCACUUUUAGUUGCUUUCGGAUUAGUUUGCGGAAUUUGCGGGAAAAAACCGGAUCAUUACAACGACGAUUGUUGUAAUAAAAGCGUUGGGAGUCGCUGUUUAAUGUGCGGAGUUGCUAUUAUGUUUUUAACAACGAUCGUUUUGGCCGUUGUUACGAUCGUUUGCUUCGUUUUUGGCGUUUUCGGCCAAAGAUUAGCGUGCGACUCUUUAAGAAAUUACAACGAAAGCAAAGUUAUCGAUAUGAUCGACGAAUACAUGGAUUACGAUAAAUUAUCGAUAAAACACGUUUUGAGUAAUUGCCAUCAAAACGAGACCGUUUAUAACGUUUUCCGGUUAGACUCGCACUUUGAUUUGGACAAAAUCACCCAAAAUUUUAAUGAUUACAACAUUAACGAAGUUUUGGACAAAUUACAAAACGAUAUCGACGUUAACGUUGAGAUUAAGAUCUUAUCAGAAGCUGGUAAACAAAAUUUGGAAAAUUUGGCAGCCUCUAAAGUUGGAGAUAUUAAUUUUGGGAAAUUCGUUGAUGAGCUUGAUCAUAAUUUAACGACGGUGGAUUUAAAAUUUUUAAUCGAACAAUUAGAUGCUGCUAUUCAAGCUGUUGAAAGGCAUCGAAUACAAGACAGCAUACAGAAUCAAUUAAAAAAUAGUAAAAUGCAUUUAGAGACUUAUCAAGUAAAAUUGGUUGAUCCAAUGACUGAAAAUGCCGAAAAAUUAAUCGACAUCGCUAAAAAUAUGGAAAUUAACCUAAAAUUCGGACACCUUACUUUUAGCGACGCCAUAAAUGGUUUAAUUGGUGAAGUUAAAGAAGCUGAAAAGGUUUUGCGCGAAAACGGAACUCAUUUAUUAAAAGAUAUUGCGACCAAUUUUACGAUUGCAAUUAAGAACCAAGUGGAUGGAUAUGUAGAUCGCGUCGUUUAUAACCUGAAAUCGGAAAUAGGUCAAUGUGGGCCACUUAGCAACGUGAUAAAUGCGACUUUAGUGUCGACAUGUGAUCAAAUUAUACUUCCAAUGAACGGAUUUUGGUUCGUUUUAUUCUGGUCAUUACUCUUAUUCAUCGUUUUAAUAAUACUUUCCGUGAAAUUGGCAUCGUUAUACAAGAAAUACGAUCCUUAUUCUUAUCCGGGAGAAUCCGAAUAUUUGUAUGAUGCGUAUGCUGAUCGUGAAAUUAUUCCUUUGGCGAGUAAUGGGAAACCCAGUAAGAAGAAAAAAAAGAAUAAGAAAUAUGAUAAUAGAACCGCGGGGCAUUAUCCAGCGGAUAUGGGGGACCAUCCGGGUGCUAGGCGAGAUUAUCCCAGCAGUUCUGGGCAAGAUACGCGUUAUUCUGAUAUGACACCAAGACAACACUGGGAAGAUUUCCCGAAUGGGGGCCCCCCUCAAUAUCAGAGGGCGCCCACAGAAUAUGAUAGGCCACCUCCUUACAAUUAUUACCCGGGAAAUUCAGAACAACAACAGUGAAUUCAAAAAAUGACUGAUUAAAAAAAUGAUGGGACUGAUUCAAUGCAAAAAUCGUUUAAUUCCAUCAAAUUAUUUAGGUUAUAAUAAAAAAUAUCAUACGUAAAAAUCAUUGUUAAUACCAUUUAUAUACAGGGUGUUCAAUAUAAAUUGAUUACAAGUUAUAAUGAAUACUCCGCAUUAUGAUAACGUAAUAUUUCGAUCGAAAAGCUCAGUUGUGAUGAUGAUGGUGAAAAAUGAAAUGUUAUUAGUGGAACAAAAAAAAAAUAAUCAAACGUGUUAACAAAUUUUUGUACUAAGGCGUUUGUGUGUUAUUUAGAUAGGUUAAUUUGAUAAGACUUUUUGUGUCAAAAAAAAUAAUAGCACAAGUGUUUCCUUAUUUUUAUGUUUGUGUCCUAUUUUAAUUAAUUUGUUUUUUUUAAUUAAUAUCACAAUAAUUAUUAUAAAUAAUUAUACAAAUACAUAUACAGAUUUCUAAAAGUUUUCCAUUCACAACAAAAAGAUUUUCUGUGAUUUUAAUUUCAUUAAUAGAUGUCUGUGUAUAGAGAUUAUUUUCGUUCCUUGUUGAAAACAAACUGCCCUUAAUCAAGAAUCUUUAUUAUUAUUAUUAAUACAAUUCUUUCAAUUCACAUUUACUACUCGUAUUGAAAUAGUAAUAAGCUCAAUUUAGUACGAUUUAGUAAGAAAAAGGUUUUUUGCCAUACAUUUAAUUAAAAACUUAUGUUUAAGAUGUUUAACUACGUAUUCAAAGCGGAAAUACAUAAAAUAAAAAAUUGUUUAUAUUGAAUUAA